AUGGAUGUAGAACGGUGUCCGGGAGAUCAAUUAGAAUGUGUCACGUCAGCCGUACAGAGCCGCGGUAUCAAGGGGGUGAUGUGGCAUAUUCUGAUUGGUAUUCGGACGACGCCGAGCUUCAUCAGUAUCAGGACGGCGGCGAGCCAGAACACGGAAGUAGGGGAGUCGCUGAGCACUCGCCUUCAAUCCUUGUUCUCGUCCGUGUUCUCCAGUAUCUUCUGGAACAGCCAGAACCAGCAAGAAGAAGAAAGAGAGGAGAUGGCAACAAGGAAUCAAGCUCCUGUUAAUGGCCAGCAGAGAGGGGCCGCCUUUGCCGCAGGUAAGCCGAAGGCAACUGAUGCUCCCGGCGAUGCUAAGAACCGAAAGGCUCUUGAAGAUAUUGGCAAUCUGGUUAAUCUCCGUAUCGCAGAUGGGAAGGCAAUUACUCGUCCAAUAACAAGAAGUUUCGGUGCGCAGUUGCUAGCCAAUGCACAAGCUGUAGCUGCAACUAAUAAGAAUGUUUUGAAGCAAGUAGUUCAACCUGCUAAUGGGGCUGCUAAGAAGAAGCUCGCUAUUAGAAAUCCAAAGCCUGAGGUUGUGAUAGAUAUAACCUCUCCUAUAUCAGAACAAAAGGAGAAUCAGGGAAAAAAUAAAUCGCACGCUUCUUCCUUCAAGAGGAAUGUCCACUCCCUAACCUAUGUGCUUUCAGCUCGUAGCAAGGUUGCAUGUGGGAUCAUAGAUAUUGAUGCUGCAGAUACGGAGAAUGAAUUGUUCAUGGUUGAAUAUGUUGAGGAUCUUUACAAGUUCUACAAACACCAUGAGAAAGUUUGCAGCCCACAGGACUAUAUGAGCUCACAGGUCGAAAUAAAUGCAAAAAUGAGAGCCAUACUUGUGGAUUGGUUGAUCGAAGUGCACCACAAAUUUGAACUAAUGCCAGAGACUCUUUAUCUCACAAUGUUCAUCAUUGACCGCUUCCUCUCCAUGGAAUCCGUGCAGAGGAAAGAACUUCAGCUUGUUGGUGUUAGUGCUAUGCUCAUUGCCUCCAAGUAUGAGGAGAUAUGGGCUCCAGAGGUUAAUGACUUCAUUUGCAUUUCGGAUCGGGCCUAUACUAGAGAAGAAAUACUUAAAAUGGAGAAGGGAAUUUUAAACAAGCUUGACUGGAGUUUGACAUUUCCAACCCCCUAUGUAUUCAUUGUCAGAUUCCUGAAGGCAGCGGUUUCUGAUAAGGAGAUGGAACACAUGACAUUCUUCUUUGCUGAACUAGCUUUGAUGCAUUAUUCUAUGGUCAUGUACUGCCCUUCUUUGUUUGCUGCUGCUGCUGUCUAUGCUGCACGUUGUACCUUAAAGAAGACUCCAUUGUGGAGCAAAACUCUCGAGUACCAUACUGGCUAUUUGGAAAAGCAUUUGCUGGAAUGCGCGAAGCUUAUGAUAGGCUAUCAUUCUUCGGCAACGGAUAGCAAACUCACUGUAGUUUACAGGAAGUACUCAAAGGAGGAGCUUGGAGGUGUUGCAAUGAGGUCUCCAGCUACCAAGUUUGUGGAGGCCAUGAAAGCAUUGGCCUGAUUUUGAUUGAUUGUCACUCACUUACCACUUCUGCUAAUUUGAUUGGUUUAAAAGACAAGAGUAGGACAUCAAA